CAGCUUUACCGGUGUGUACUCGACAGAUAGGGCUAUAGUGUACCAGCACAUCUGGUGGUGAGAUAGCACCGACUACACACGGGGUUCGACGUGUUGAAGCAGUAGUUUUGUCUAUUGCAGCACUUGUAGCGAGAACGCAUUAACUGUAUACAAGGGACCAAGUUGUCUAGGCGCUAUAGUAUUGUCUACAACAGCAACCCGAUGGUUUGUGGCACUUGACAGAUAUCACUGACUAUACAUUUAAAGCAUCGGAUUAAUUGGCGGAGAAACAGUUGAUCUGCAAUAAGGCUUGUUUUGCAAGUGUGUCUAAAACACUAACCCCAGUGUCAAGCGUCGUGGUUAUAAAACUUCAGAAAGGAACUUGGUGAAGUAUAUAUCCUCUUUCGCCUUGGCUGUGUCAAAACUAUGCUAUCCUUGGGAGAUCACGAUGGGUGUUUAAUGACCAGUCCCCAUCCCCCACCCAUGCACGCACCCCACGUUACUGCGAGGUACCCCCUGUACAACAGGUGGAUGGAGAAAUGCUCCCCUCCAAGUUGUCUCCAGCAAGAUUUACCAACAGGAGUUAGAAGCAAACGACUAGAACCCCGCAUUAAACGACCAAUGAAUGCCUUUAUGGUUUGGGCUAAAGAAGAGAGAAAACGUCUGGCUGGAGAAAACCCAGAAGUUCAUAACGCCGAUCUUAGCAAAAUGUUAGGAAAAAAGUGGAAAGCUCUGGGACUGGAAGAAAAGCGCCCUUUCGUUGAAGAGGCAGAAAAGUUGCGAGUGUUACAUAUGAAGAACUAUCCAGACUACAAGUACAGGCCUCGCCGUAGAAAACACCCUAAGCGAGCCUGUAAGCGCUCUGCAGUGGCACAGCGCUCUUCGUCCGCCGACGUCGACUUGUCCAAUAGCCCUCGAGGAGGCGUCAUAUUGAAAUCCACCGGUCAAGAGGUGGGUGGCAGCCAAGACGACGAUGAUGAAGGAGCUAGUAUAUGCAGCGACCCUAACGCACCGUUGAUGUCUAGCUUGUUGAACACCCCAGAGGGUUCUCCGGCCCCAUCUCCCUCUGCCCACGAUAUCAUCCUUGGCCCCUCCGUCCACCACGCCUGUUCACCCACCGGUCCUCCGUCGUCCGCUCAUAUGAAUCCAUACAUAGGCGAUGCACAAAGCUCUGUGCAGACAUAUUACUGCCUCACUCCAGAGAUGUCCCCUUUUGAUGACUCCACUGAUGGCAUCUUCAGUUUUCCGUCCAACUCGGCUGAGGUUUGUCCUUCUCAGUCCAACGAGCCAAGAUCAUCUUCCCCGCGAUAUUCUGAGCUGCUAAGGAAGUUUAGCCACCUUAAUGACUCUUACUACAACUCUAAGACGCACCGGAUGACCCCAACAAGCCUCAAUUUGACCCAUAACUCGGACAGCAUGGUUACCUUGAGAGAACUGGUUAGCAGACCUAGGCCACCAAUCAACAACAUGCAUGGUCAUGUGACAAACAAUCCACCCAAUCAAAGUCACAUGAUCAACCCGAUUUCCGGUUACCCAAAUCAGCCGUGCGCGUCACCAAGACUACGACACCUGGACAGUUCAAAAUCAGAAAACAGUCACAGUUCUCAGUUCGAUGGAUCUUCAGACAAAUAUUACCGUUUUCAGGACUGCCAUCGGCCCCAGCCAACCAAAUAUAACGAACCAGCGGACUACUUUAUUGAGAAGAUCUCCAGAGAUGAAUCACUGGCGGAUGUGGAUACUAGUGAGUUUGAUCAGUACCUGACAGCAACCGGAAGUUAUUAUAAUGGGCAACACGCAUGUGCGAACGUAAAUGAAGGAAAUGCGUAUGAUUACAGAAAUUCUGCUUGUGGUCAUGAAACUAGGCGUUCUGUGACACGUUUCUCCAGUACUUCCGAGGCAGGUGCGUUUAAUUUCGAACGAGUUAUUGAAGCGGACAUGUACGACGUAGAAGGGAUCAACCAUAAUGGGUUUGACCAAGGUGUUAGUUUUAUGUCUGCGCUGACAAACCCUAUGUGCUUUUAACACUGUGCAGUGACUACGUUGCAAAGGAUUAAUCUUUCGGGGCAGCAUUAAAGGUGACACUUUCGAUCAAAAAUAUUCUCUCCCAUUGAAACUCCAAUUGCCCCCUUGGCGGAUGCGGAGUCAUGGCCCGAUGGCCCACCGUGCAGGUUUAAUCCUCCAUCUCUAGGAAGGUGUUUACCCAAGAUAUCAUGGCCGCCAUAACGGAUGUAUUAACAUAUAAAUUGAAAUCCAUACCGAUAAGUUGUCUUUCUGAACCCUAAAUGUUGGUCCGGAAUUCUAAACAGGCAUGUCACGUGCCUUACUUCGUUAAAAAUGUCACCUCGAGCUUUGUAGCUAUGUCUCCGGACACCGGCAUGUCUGGUAAACUUCACGUUCACGCUGAUUUAAAAUGUUAUCUUCCCAACCGAGGUUAGGCCACCUUCUCAAAUCAUGUGACUGCAUAGCUUUACAGGACCUCGGUACUUCGCGCCGAGGGACUGGAUUUUUAGGCGCACGAAUUAAGCAGCGCGUUUUUAAAUUAAAUAAUGUGAGUAGGAACUCUUAUUUCGUUUGGCUCUGAAUGAGAACUUCGUACAGUAUUUAUAAAAUUGUUUCCUUCAGUAUAUGCUGGACUAGGAAAUUGUUAGUACUUGUGUUAAGCUAUUUUUUCGUGUUACAAAGUCCACAUACAGUAAAUGUUCUGUGCCUUUCAGUCAGUUUAAUAUAUGGAUAUAAACACACGUUCAUAUGCAGAUGUAUAAAUGAGACGAAUAAGCAUACUCCAUGAUUAUUAGGGCGAUUUUCUCAAAGCAGCGUACUACGGUAACUACAUCACAUUGUGUAUGAAAUUUCCCAACAUAGUGAUCUGCAGUAUGUAAGUUGCCG